GCUCGUCCGCGCAUCUCUUCUUUUGCCGAAAGCGCUUUGCAGGAGACUGAGCUGUUUCAACAAUGUCGGAAAUGGCAGAGCUGUCCGAGCUGUAUGAAGAGUGCAAUGACCUACAGAUGGAUGUGAUGCCUGGCGAGGGUGACCUUCCGCAGAUGGAGGUAGGCAGCGGGAACCGGGAGCCAUCCCUGAGCCCCUCCCGCAACGGGGCCCCGCCACAGCUCGAGGAGGAAGGCCCAAUGGAGGCGGAGGAGGCCCAGCCAAUGGCGGCGCCAAAGGGGAAACGCGGCCUGGCUAACCGGCCCAACCCUGGGGAACAGCCGGGCCAGAUCGCGGGCCCAGACUUCGAGAGCGAGGAUGAGGGCGAGGAAUUUGAUGACUGGGAGGACGACUACGACUAUCCCGAAGAGGAGCAGCUGAGUGGUGCGGGCUACAGAGUGUCAGCCGCCCUUGAAGAAGCCAACAAGAUGUUUCUGAGAACAUCCCGAGCAAGGGAGGCAGCCCUGGAUGGCGGGUUUCAGAUGCAUUAUGAGAAGACCCCGUUUGAUCAGUUAGCUUUUAUCGAAGAGCUUUUUUCACUUAUGGUGGUCAAUCGUCUAACCGAAGAACUCGGUUGUGAUGAGAUUAUUGAUAGAGAGUAGUUUAAUGCAGAUAAGAGGAGGAAACUACUUGAGGAGAGACCCAACUUUCCGCUGUUCUUUGGGUUCAUUCCAAAUCGUUCUGUGGCAAUGAAAAACUUGAUUCGGGAAAAAAAAAAUUGGUUUUUGUUUUUCAGAAUACAGGACAAUAGGACAGUGAUUGCACAGUUGUGAAAAAGACAAAGCAUCAUGAAAGAAAAGGGGUCUUAAGACUGUUGAAAUCUGUUUUCCAAGAAUGUCCUGAAACACCUAUGGCUUUGACUUUGUUAUUGAUCAAGAUUAUCCUUCCACUGGGGAAGAUAUCUAGUCUGUAAAGAAGGUUUUACAAGAGUGAAUCAUGACCAAGACAAACUGCCAAUACAGGAGCCCACUGAUACGAAUUCUAAGAG